AUCGAGCCGCUAUCGAGCACGGCCCGGAGUGGAUGGAUUGGCGCUUCGGGGCGGAGGAGUGGGGCGUGAUGCACCUCUUUGCCGCAGUGGGAGCCACUAACUUGGCACAAGAGCUGUUGGUUUCCUUGACGACGGAGCAACAGCACCAAUGUGUGAACCUGCAGGACUGCCGGAAGAACACUCCACUGCAUUUGGUGCCUUACUACAUGGGCUGCAUUUUGGUCUCCGGCAGCGGCGAGCCUCUCUUCCACGGCUGCUAUUUCCCGCACCGCGAUUUUGGCUCUUUGUGCUACAAGAAGAUGGGCUUUCAGAAGAACUCCUUUAUCCGCAUUGCCAUCCCGGACGACGACGACAAGGCUCUGCAGUGGCGCUUUGAAGACUCAGAGUGGUACUGGCCCUACAUCAGCCGAGGGAAGAAGGCCCACAAGGAAGAGGUCCCGGUGGACAGCAGCUGCUGGGACUUGUGCGAGUCUAACAGCCGCACCAUGCCCAGCUUCGUCUACAAGGACAUCGACCAGAAGUGUCACUCUGAGAUGGUGGCAACUCUCAUCGACAACCAGGCGGACGUCUUGCGACGAAACGACCGGGGCCGAACGCCCUUGAUGGAGUGCCUCCACCGCCCGGUGUCCCGAGCGUCCCACAAGGCGCAGGCGGAGCUGUGCCUGGAGUUUAUGGGCAUGAGGCAAUCGGACACGCCA